UCAAAGCAAUUUUAUAUUUUAGAAGCUUGUCUAAUGAAUGUGUUAUUAUUACACAGUGAGUUUUGUAGAAAAAGAAGAAGAAAAACCUAAAUAUAUUUAUUAUUUAUGGAAGUUUAUUUAACAUACGAGUAACGAAAUGCCAUUGGAAUCAAAGAUCCCUUCAAGAAACACAGAGGCGACAUUAAAAAUUCCCUUCGAAACCUCAAGACACGCAGAAAUUGCAUUCCGAGUUUUAAGUGUAGACCAAGAACCCAGACGCAAUUUCGUAAGUAAAGAUUUGCGAUUAGUGGAAAACAACAUUGAAGUGCAUUUUAUUGCGGAUCAAGUGAAAAAUUUAAGGACUGCAAUAACUUCGUUCUUUGAGAGUUUGCUGCUCUGUACAGACACAAUCAAAGCAUUUGAUUUGGAAACAAUUAAAAAUGCCGGAACACACUCCAGCACCGACACCGCAUAG